GUUGAUGGUGAACCUGACUCAGCCAGCUCUGCUCUGCUUUGGCAAAGUGCCACCAGAUGCCACCUCCCGCCACCACUUCCUGCAGGUCUUGUCCUACCUCCAGGCCUAUAAAGAGGCUUUUGCCAGCGAGAAGGUUUUCGUGGUGCUCAGUGAGAAGCUUUACGAUCUGCUGCAGCUGGACUGGGAGCAGCGGCAGGAGGAGGACACGCUGCUGAUCGAGCGGAUCUUGCUGCUGGUACGCAACGUGCUGCACGUGCCCCCGGACCCUGCGGAGCAGCAGGGUGUGGACGGUGAUGCCAGCGUGCACGACCGGGUGCUGUGGGCGCUGCACAUCAGCGGGAUGGACGAUCUGCUCAAGUUCCUGGCCAGCGCCCAGGCGGAGCAGCAGUGGGCCUUGCACGUCCUGGAGAUCAUCUCCCUCAUGUUCCGUGACCAGAGCCCAGAGGAGCUGGCAGCGCUGGGGCAGGGCCGAGCGGCCAUCGACGGCUCCUACCUCCUGCAGGGCCUGAAGGCCAUCGGGGACCGGGACGUCGUUUUCCACAAGGGGCUGCACAACCUGAAGAGCUACAGCCAUGACCUGGGCAAGGAGCCGCGGCGGGUUCCCCGGCGUCGCCAGGUGGCGCCCGAGGCCGAGACCCCCCAUCGCUCUGCCCGCAACGUCCGGCUCUUCCUGUGCCACUUCUGCCAGGACUUCUUGGAGAGCUGCUACAACCGCCUGAUGCUGCAGGUCAAGGACCAGCUGGUGCGGGAGAAGGCUCAGCAGCACGACGAGACCUACUACUUGUGGGCCACUGCCUUCUUCAUGGCCUUCAACCGCCGCCGUGGAUUCCGCCCGGAGCUGGUGUCGGAGACCGUGGGCGUCCGUGCCUUCCACUUCAUUGAGCAGAACCUCACCACUUACUAUGAGAUGGCACAGAUGGACAAGAAGGAGGCAACAACUUGGGCCCACAGGAUGCACCUGGCCUUGAAGGCAUACCAGGAGCUGCUGCGGACAGUGCAGGAGAUGGACCGGUCCCCUGAGCAGGCUGUGCGGGACAGCAGCCAGGUCAUCAAGAGCAACAUCUUUUACCUGAUGGAAUACCGGGAGCUCUUCCUCGCGCUCUUCCCACCUGAUGCUGUGGAGCUGGAGGAGCUAUGGGCAGGGUUGGCCCCGCAGCUCCAGGCCUGCCUGCAGGGCCAAGUGUCUCUCCCUGAGGACGUGGUGCCCUUUGAUGCUGCCUCCGAGACGCCGGUGGAGGAGCAGCGCGCUGAGGCUCUGCUGCAGAUCCAAGGGUGCCUGCGGGAUGGCCGGGUCCCCCAGGCCCUGCAGCUGCUCCGCUCAGCCAGGGACAUCUGGCCUGAAGGUGACGUGUUUGGACCCAUUGAGGCAGGGCCAGAUGAGGAGACGCGGCUGCUGCAGGAGAUCCUCUUCGCUGCCCUGCCUCGCCCUCACCACUGUCCCACCACAGGACCUGAGGCUGAGGAGCCGGAGGAAGAGGAAGAAGAAGAUGAGGAAGAGGAGGAAGAGACUGUGCAGGUGUCAGAGAAGCAGUUCAACUUCCUUGACUACCUGAAACGGUUUGCCUGCGCCCCGGUGGUGCGGGCGCUGGUGCUGCUGCUGCGGGGGUACAACCGCAACAGCCCCCGCACCAACCACUGCGCCGCCCGCCUGCUGCACCGCCUGGCACGCGACCUGCGCAUGGAAGCCAUGCCAGCCCAGGACAGCUCAGCAGAGGAUGGAGAUAGCGAGGAGGAGGAGAAGGAGGAGGAUGAAGCUGAUGAAGACUCCAUGGAGGAGCCCUGGGUGCCUGAGGAGGGGACAGGGCAGGGCCUGGCACAUCGUCUGCAUGAGGAAGGCCUGGCUGGGCCCCUGCAGUGGCUGCAGAACUGCCUGAGGAGGACGGCAGGGGACCGGGAGGAGGAUGGUGAGCAGGCAGGGGGUGCGGGGCAGGGGGUUUCUGUGGGGCAGAUCUGGACCCCUGGGUUUCCCUGGUGUGGGGCCCAUGGUGCCAACCCCUGUCCCUACUGCCGCAGCGAGGACCCUGUCCCCGUCCCCAUCCCCAGCCUGGGGCCGCUGGGCACCAAGAGACGCCGGGAGCUCGAGAGCGAGGAUGAGAACUCCAGGAGCUCAAGUGCAGAGCCGGCCCCUGAAGCCCCCCAGUCCUGGGAGGAUGAGGACGAGGACCCCCAGCCCCUGGUCCGGCGGAAGCGCAUCCGCUGCUUGGAAGAGGAUGAGGAUUGA